CAGAAAUUUUCGUAAUGACAACAAACUUGCACAUGACUUUUAGUUUUUUUAGUUGACAAAGUUCAACUUUAACUUGGAGAUGAAUUUGUUUACACUUACAAUAGUCAGGCAUGGUGAAACAUCAUAUAACAGGAAUGGCAUUAUUCAAGGGCAGACUGAUAUUCCCCUCUCUGACGUGGGACUUGAACAAGCUAGACUUGUAGCUCAGAGACUUCAAAAGGAGAGCUUCACUCACAUUAUCUCCAGCGAUCUGUCAAGAGCUAAAGAGACCGCAGAGGCCAUUGUACGGACCAACAUAGCCAGUUCAUGCCCACUGAACUUCGACGAAAGACUCAGAGAAAGGCGAUUUGGAGUUUAUGAAGGAAAGCCAUCCAGAGAGUUUAUGGAGGCUGCCAAACAGAAUUCCCAUCGUUCCUGGACAGAGUUCAGUCCCCCUGGAGGAGAAACCAUGAAAGAGGUUCAUGAAAGAGCUGUCACUUUUUUCCAUGACCUAUGCAAUGAAUUAAUCAAAGCCAAUUCUGCAACUGCUAAUCAGAAAAAAAAAAUGGGUUCCAGGGACAAUAGGUCAAUGUCCUCCGCUAGCAGAGAAACAAAAGGCUGCAUCAAAAACUUCAUGCAGGACAAGAAAACAGAAAUCGGAGACAUAAUUCUGCCUGGUGGAGUGAGUGGGAGUGACCUAGAUUCUAUGACUGUCUCCAACAGACAGAAUUCUGCCCGGGGCAGUGAGGAGGACUUCAUUAUUUUCCAAGCUGAUACUGUCUCUGAAAUAAGCAGGAAAUCUAGGCAGUGUGCUGAGAGAAAUGACGAAGCAUCCAGAAAAUCAACAGAAGAGACAUCAGUACAAUGUAUAUCUAGUGAGACAGCUAGUCAAGAUGUAGAGAGAGAGUCCACCAUUUCUGAUGUUCUGGUUGUGAGUCAUGGUGGUUUAAUCAAAGAACUUGUGAAGUUUUUUGUUGAGAAACUGGACUGUGAAAUCCCUGGGGGCAAGGGAAACGGACUGAGGAUCUGCCAUAACUGUAGUGUCUCCAAGUUUGUUGUGUCUGUGCCAAGGGGGGAUGGCCCCUCCCUGCAGCCUAAAGUGACUUGCUUGUCUAUUAACAGUAAGGAACAUCUACAGGGAAUGGGCAUCAAGUUUGCCGAGGGAAAGUACUGAUUGACUGCACAAGCAUUUGUACAGAUUAGUCACUGUAUUUGUGAAAUAUGAAUUUUAUACAUACUGGCAGCUAUUCUUAGUGAGUGGGAAAUCAAUUAAUAAAAUAAAUCCUCACAAUAUAUGAAGUACUUUCAAAGUU